GAAACAGAGUUUCAUACCAGAUACAGAGUUUCAUACUAGUAAGCUGUAUUAGUGGUAUCAGAGCCCACCUCCAACGAGACCUCUGACCUCUUUACUUCCCAACCAUGGACUCCGACAGCAGCUCCUCUGAAACCAACGCAAUCAACCCAAACUCAACAGCCACCGUGAUCAACAAUCAACGCGGCCCCUUCUCAUUCAACGUCGCGGCUUUUCCCUUAAAGUUUACUCCAACUAAUUAUUUAUCUUGGAAAUCACAAUUCACUUGUCUUCUUGCAGGAUUUGAGCUCCUUGGUUAUUUGGAUGGUUCUCAUCCAUCCCCUGUUGCCACAGAACCAAGCUAUAGUCUGUGGGCACGCCAGGAUCAGUUAAUUCGCCAUGCACUGAUUACUUCCGUAUCCGACAGCAUUACACCAUACAUAGCCACUACAGCUACGGCACAACAGGCAUGGGAAACAUUAGCAAGACUCUAUGCAAAUCGAUCUCGCACCCGUGUCAUCACCCUUAAGGAAUGCCUGCAGAACAUGCGUCGUGACGGUCGCUCGGUGUCUGAAUAUCUCCGAGCACUCAAGUCUGUGGCAGAUGAAUUAGGGACAAUAGAUCGGCCUCUCACUGAUGAUGAUCUUACAGUCUACAUAUUGAAUGGACUGGGACCAGAAUUCCGAGAGAUAGCAACCUCUCUUCGUACUCGUGAUUCAUCCCUCUCCUUUGAUGAUCUGCACGAUCGACUGGUGGCUCAUGAGGAAAGCCUUAGGCGAGAGGAACUCAAGGCUGAUUCUUCCCCAAUAACCGCACACCAUGCUUCAAUCCUGAAGUCUAUGUCGUCUUCACAGUUAUGUAACCAGGCUGGUCACUUUGCCCGGAGUUGUCUCUAUCAUCGGAUCCAGAAUCUGAACCCCCAGGCCAACUAUGCUUCUUCUGCGACAGCUGCUGAUGAUUGGCUCUUAGACUCAGGAGCAACUAAUCAUGUAACCACUGAUUUGGCAAACCUUGCACUCCACUCUGAGUAUCAUGGUCCUGAUGAACUCCAAAUUGGUGAUGGAACAGUUUUGAAUAUUACACAUGUGGGUCAUACCACACUCUCUACUCCCUCUUACUCCCUUCCUUUAAAAGACAUAUUAUGCGUUCUCCAAGCAUCUCGAAACUUAAUCUCUGUUUCUCAAUUAUGUAAAAGUGCUGAUGUUUUUGUCGAAUUUCACCCCACUUUCUUUUUGGUGAAGGAUCGUCGCACGAGGGAGACACUGUUGCGAGGCAAAAACACUCAUGGGGUCUAUCACAUCCCCGGUCAAGUUAAAGCACAACCUGCGGCCCUAGUUGGAGAACGUGUUAGUUUGGCAAAUUGGCAUUCACGUUUAGAGUCUACUUUCCCAUUUAAAAAUUCCACUUUCUUGUGUGAUGCCUCUAAUUCCUCACCGACUUGCCGUGACGUGCCAAUGAUGCCAAACUCCACGAGUGCAGGUAUGAGUGUUGAGCCUCCUCCAUUGUUCCCUUGUGUACCGACUCACACUCUCACCGCCCAUCUAAGUUCCAUAAUGUCCAACAAAGCCAUGAGCAACCUCCAGCUUCUAUUUACCCAUUAUCUACCCCUAUGGCCACUAGCACACCCUCUCCCCUUCCUUCCCUUACUUCACCAGCCUCUCCCAUUGCGACCAAUUCCGUCCACCAAUCCCCUGCCCCAUCCGAUUCCCACUCCUCCCCUCUUAGGUCCCCACCACCGCAACCUCUUCGAACUCACCCAAUGGUUCCCACCACCGCAACCUCUUCGGACUCACCCAAUGGUCACUCGUUCCCAAAACAAUAUUUUCAAACCUAAGACACUCUUCCAUGCAACCAAAUCUCCAUUGUCCCUCCCUGUUGAACCCACUUGUGCCACACAAGCUCUUAAGGAUCCCAAUUGGAGACAGGCUAUGUCCGAGGAGUUUAGUGCAUUGGUUCGCCAAGGAACGUGGGAACUGGUUCCUUCACACCCAUCUCAACAUGUUCUUGGUUGCAAAUGGGUCUUUCGCUUGAAAAGAGGCAAAGAUGGGUCCAUUAAGCGCUAUAAGGCGCGUCUUGUUGCGAAGGGCUUUCAUCAACGACCAGGUUCUGAUUACUUUAAUACUUUCAGUCCUGUUAUCAAGCCUACCACAAUUCAUACUGUCUUAUCUCUUGCAGUGAGUAGGGGGUGGUCUAUUCAGCAAUUAGAUGUUAAUAAUGCUUUCCUUCAUGGACACAUUGAUGAGGUAUUAUACAUGCAGCAGCCGACAGGCUUUGUGGAUCACAAUUUUCCUUCACAUGUUUGUAGGCUACGAAAAUCUUUGUAUGGCCUUAAGCAGGCCCCUAGGGCCUGGUUUCGAGCUCUUAAGGACUUCCUUUUGGCUCAAGGCUUUUUUCACUCUAAGUCUGACAAUUCCUUAUUUAUCUAUCAUAAAGGCUCCACUUGGAUCUAUUUUUUGGUCUAUGUCGACGAUAUCAUUGUUACUGGGAAUGAUUCUGCUCCAGUUCAAUCCAUUAUGCAAGUCAUGAGUGCCACUUUCUCCCUCAAAGAUCUUGGUCCCUUGAGUUUUUUUCUCGGCAUAGAGGCAAUCUCUACUAAGGAUGGGCUUUUUCUCUCUCAACAGAGGUAUAUUCUUGAUCUUCUUCAGAAAACUGGUAUGGCUGAUGCUAAACCUGUCUCCAGUCCUUUGGCUUCUACUUCUGUUCUGCAGCUAUCCACUGGCACUCCUCUCUCUGAUGGCACCAAUUAUAGGAAAAUUGUUGGCUCUCUUCAGUACCUAUCUCUUACGUGGCCUGAUCUCUCCUUUGCUGUUAGUCGCUUGUCUCAAUUUAUGCAUCGUCCUACUGAUUCUCAUUGGCAAGCUGUGAAACGCGUUCUUCGUUAUCUUCGCGGUUCUGUCUCUCACGGCUUACUUUUGCGACCCCAGCCAACUUUGUCACUCCAUGCAUUUUCCGAUGCUGAUUGGGCUGGAGAUCGGGAUACUUAUACCUCAACCACUGGCUAUCUUGUAUUUCUUGGCAGCAAUCCUCUAUCCUGGCGCGCUGCUAAGCAACAAGCAGUUGCUCGAAGCUCUACUGAGGCUGAGUAUCGAGCUUUAGCUACUGCUGCCUCUGAAGUUGUUUGGAUUCAGCAUUUGCUUUCUGAAUUGGGUGUCUCCUCAUCUAUUCCUCCUGCCAUUCUUUGUGACAACAUUGGUGCCACCUAUCUUAGCAGUAAUCUUGUUUUUCAUUCUUGGAUGAAGCACAUUGCCAUUGAUCUUCAUUUCGUGCGUGAACUAGUUGAUCGGAAGGUUCUACAUGUCUCCCACAUUUCUUCUCAUGAUCAAUUGGCUGAUGCUCUUACCAAGGCCCUUCCCUCACUUCGGUUUCGUUCUUUGAGGUCCAAGAUCGGUGUUGCCGAUGGCACCUUCGUCUUGCGGGGGCAUAUUAAGGAAACUAAAUCUGCUGCAAUAAAGUAGGAAACUGAAUCUGCUGCACUGGAGUAAUUACCCAGGAUUGUAUAUUUCCAAUUAAUGUGUAUCUUAGAUCUUAUUCUAGUCUAAUUAGAAUUCCUGUAUGCAGUAGGACAAUCUUGUAUAUAAACACAUCUUGUAUGGCUGAAUAAAGAUAUAGAAACAGA